ACGGCCACAAGCGCCUAUGUUCCGCUGCUCCAUGACAAUCCAUGAAGACGCAGCGUCUAGGACUGAACUUUUCUUCCCUUCUAUCCAAAUCCACUUCUCUCCCACAAACAUACACAACCUUAGCUUCAAGAAAACAGCACAUUCAUCCAUGGCUUCUUCUUUAAAUUUGACGACCAUGUCUUUUAAUUUACCCUUUUGCCAUUCUUAUCCCUCCUCCUUCACUCGAAUCCCUCGUGGCUCAGUCCAACUCCCCCGCUUCAACAAGGUGGGCAAAGGCUUGAAACUCAGUUCCAUUCAUAGCAUUUCUGGGUUCCCUUCAUUUGCUUCCCAUAAGCUUUCCACUAUUAACCCUGCCCCCCAAAGAGGCCAAUCUUUCACUGUCUUUGCUGCUAAAGGCUACAAAAUGAAAACCCACAAGGCUUCUGCAAAGCGAUUCCGGGUGACAGGAAGGGGCAAAAUAGUUAGGAGGAGAGCUGGGAAGCAGCAUUUGUUGGCUAAGAAGAACACCAAGCGUAAAUUGCGCCUCUCCAAAAUGCAUGCAGUUAGCCGGAGUGACUAUGACAACGUGAUUGGUGCCUUGCCGUAUCUCAAAGUAAAUAGGAAUGCUAAGUAAAGAGCGUCUUCAAGUUUCAUGUAAGGACUUAUUUAUCUUGUUUUCUUGUAGUUUCAAAAGUAUGGCAGAGAAAAAUCUGUUGAUUGUUUUAAUCUCCAAUACCUUAAGUGGCCGUUGAUCAAUUCUAAGUUGAAAUUUAUUUUUUCAAUCACUUAGGCACUCAUUUGACUCCAGUUUAUGACAUAACAUAUUACUUUAUAUGCAUUGAAUGCCUAUGCCCUGAAUGGUGGGUGCUUUGGGGGUUAAAAAAAAAGGCUUAGACCAUAUAAAGUGGCAUAAGAAUCUGCAACCAUUUCUAUUCAAAGCAAAAGAGAUAGAGGAAUUCAUGAGAUCUCUUGUAUCUGCUUUUGUCAUGACCUCAUGAAUUUACGUUAGUGUUGUGUGAGGUCUACCUUUUCAUUGGUAUUUGUUUUAACCACAAUUCAUUUGGUAAAUCAGAGUUGAUUUCUGGAGUGUAAUCAGCAGUCAUUGCAACUCAACUUUGGUGUAUAGAAUUAAGGAUAGAUGAUUGACGAAACUAAAUUUAGCAAUCUG